AUGGACGAGGGCCAAUUUUGAUUUAGUUCUUUGAUAACAAUAGACUGCAUUGGUUUGGUUUUUGCCAACAGAGUAAUAAUAUUUUCGCCUCAUACCGUUACAUAAUAAUUUGAAUUUAUAAAACACGAAAAUGGAAAACGCCGCUUCCCGUAAAAGGAAUAAUAAAAAUAAAAAGAAAAAUAAAGGAAAACCGAAUACGAAUGGUCAAAAUGGUCAAAAUAAAACGGUUGCAAGUGAAAAUAUAAUUGACAAAAAAAUAGUUCCAAUUCAAGUGAAAAAUGCAUUAAAAGAAAAUUUAAAUCUCCCGGUUACAAGCCAGAUAGCCAGUGAUCCGAAAAAUGAAAGUGCUAAAAUCCCUGCCAAAAUUAUCAAUGAUCCUUUUCUAAGUUCGUUGCAAAAGAAAAUGGAAGUUGCAAUUGCCAAUGGUGGUGCUGAUCUUCCCAACACACUUUUGGAAAAUCUCCAAAAGCUUAUCAAACAAGAACCAGUAAGUGACGUGGCAUCAUCUGAUGAAGAAGAAGAAUAUGUAGAAUAUAUCUACAAGCCCAGGCAAUAUUUUGCUGUAUCAAUUUGCAAUUUCUGCAAAUCUGACCUUCGCAACACCAAACUAACCCAAUGUAGUAAAUGCAAGAUGACAUUCUAUUGCUCUCCAGAACACAUGAAAUCAGAUGAAACCCACAGACAACUUUGUUAUGGCCUCCGACAAGUUGCUGACAGCUAUGGAGGCCACAUAUUUUAUAAAUGCGGUGAAUUUACACCAGAGCAAUUUCGUUCCUAUCGAAUUAUUGCGAUUCGUAAGGUUGAAAGUAUUAUCAACCGUCAAUUAACUGCCUGCGAACAAGAAGUAUUAUUAUUUCCGAGAAUCUGUUGUAACAUAAAUUGCCGAGAGUAUAGAUUUAACAAAUUAACAGAUUGCACUGGUUGUGGUCAGGUUUCAUUUUGCAAAGCAACUCCUGAGCAUUUACAAAAAUAUCAUCAUUUAUGGUGUAGGUCAUAUCAACUUUUCAAAGAAAUGAUAAUAUUUCAAGAGAAAUUUGGUAAAAUUGAUCCAUCGAUGCCAACAAAAGUCUUGAAAGAUCUUCCUUUGGGAUGUGCAAAUAUGAAGCAAAUUUGUACCAAAUUGGCAGUUGAUUUGAAAGAUGAAUGUGAAUAUGCAGCUCUAAGCCAGAUUGCCACAGGACCUCUUACAGCGUGGUAUACAUUAAAGGUGUUUGAUAAACUACGAAUGGAUACAGUUACUGUUCAUUUAAUAGGUGCUGAAAUUGAGUUUGAAGUUGACCUUCUUCAUAAAUGGGAACUUUUCUUCUUACACAUUACACCUGCAGUCAAAGAAUUAAAUGUGGUUUUUAUCGGACCUGAAUUAAAUCCAAGAAACAUUUCAUUCGAUCAACUUAAAAAGACUAAACCUUGUAGAUCAUGUAGAAAAAAUAAUCGAACAGUAAAGUAUUAUUUUGAAAAUGGUCUCUAUCACAACUACUGCAAAGGGGAAUCCUAUUUAAAGCCUGAUUUGAUUUGUUUCUUUAAUCCUGGUCUGUAUAGACCAACUGGUUUUCAAAUGGAAGACACAUGGCCAGAGACGAUUGAAGCUGCUGUAGAGAAAAAGUGUCCGGUGGUUAUAACUUCAUAUACACAACAUGAAGCUCCAAUGGAUCUCUCACGUUUUAUUCUUGAAUCUAAUAGGCAUUUGGAUAUCGUGAUACCACCAACUGUGAACCCGUUUGGAUCGGUUAAACCAGAAAGAAAUUUUAUAUCGGAUGAAGAGGCACCUCUCAUGUACAAGAAUUAUUAUUGUUUUGCUGUGGAAUAAAAAACAUGUUUCGAAUUUUUAAUUUACACUCA